AUGGAGUGUGUAACAACUAUCAACUACACUACCAUGGUUAAUGGAGAACCUACCCAAUUAUUUGAUGCUGCUAAAGGCCUAAGACAGGGAGAUCCCAUCUCCCAUUUACUGUUUGCAAUUGUAAUGGAGUAUCUUAGUAGAAAUCUCACCAAACUAAAGGAGGUAAAAAGUUUCAAGUUCCACCCCAGAUGUGCAAAGUUAGGGAUUACUCACCUAAGCUAUGCAGAUGAUCUUUUGCUAUUUGCUAGAGGUGAUUUAAACUCUAUCUCUCAUAUUCAUGAAUGUUUCAACCAUUUCUCUCAAGUGUCUUGUUUACAAGCAAAUUUGAAGAAGAGUUCAGUGUAUUUUGGAGGUGUUCAACAGAGUACCAGGUUAGAGAUUAUUCAAAAGUUGGGCUACACAAUUGGAGAGUUACCAUUUAAGUAUCUGAAUAUAGUAGCAAUGAUAUCCUCAUGGACUGCAAUGAAGCUUUCAUAUGCUGGAAGAGUGCAGCUGGUCCAAACUGUCCUAUUUGGUAUUCAAUCCUAUUGGUCACAGCUAUUCAACUUACUAGCAAAAGUUAUGAAGAUGAUAGAGGCCUACUGCAGGAGUUAUAUUUGGUCUGGGAUCAAUACCAUUAUAAAAAAGUUUCUGAAGGCUUGGAGUAGGAUGUGCACACUUGAGUCAAGUGGGGGCUUGGGUUUGAUUAAUCUACAAUUAUGGAAUAGGGCAGCUAUAACAAAACUCUGUUGGGAUGUAGCAAGUAAGCAAGACAGACUGUGGAUCAGGUGGAUUCAUGUGUUCUACAUCAAAGAUAAGAGGCUAGAAGACAUGGCAAUCCCAGAACAGGCAAGCUGGAUGGUCAGGCAGAUACUAAGUGCCAGAACAGUCCUACAACAAGUACAAUAUAAGCAACAGAUCAAAAAGAGCAUGCUUCAUGAUGAAAUUAGAGACCAUCUGUUUGUGGACUGCCAUUUUACUAAGGCAGUGGCAGAAGGUCUUUCACUGGAUGCAAAGACAGGAUGUAGUUCGAGAUACUAUCGCGAUCGCGAAGGGGAAACUGGAGAUGGGGUGGAGUUCUUCUUCGCGAAUGCGAAGUAG